CACGACAUCAACGGUAGAGUCAGUCAAAUAUGUGUCGAGAAAUUGCAUCACAUUAUAAACAGACCUAUCGUUGCAUUUCGUUUCGUUUCAUUCAUUGUUUCAGUCAUUCAUUCAGUCAUUGAACGCAAGUUUUGCCACAUUUUUAUCCACUGUUUUUAACACCGAUUUUAAGCCAUAUUUUUAAUUGAUUUGUCAAUUGUUUUAACCGAUUAUCUCAUCGAUGGGUAAACCGAAGGGCAGGAAUGGAUUCUUCCAGUUCUUGAUUCACACCCAGAAUCAGCUGAAACGCGAGGGCAAGAAUCUGGGCCUCAAUAGCCCGGAACUGCAAGGCAUAGCCGGCGACAAAUGGAAGGGUAUGUCGAAGGAGGAGAGGGCGCCGUAUGAACAGCGGUCACAGAAGUCCAACACUCAGGUGGAGAUAUCGCCGAAGAAAUACCACGAAAACCAACAAAAUUACGGCAAAAUUCUGAGCCGAGAGUCGGAUCAGUUGGACGACGAGGAGGACGACGCCGAGUAUUAUCUCAAAAUGAUUGAGUGCUGCGUAAAGGCGUGCGAAACACGGGAACAGAUUAUGAACGCCUCGUUCUUCAUUGUGGGUACAAAUGUCAUGUGUAAGGCUAACAACAAUGAGUUCCCGCCGCUCGAGAUCAGUAUCUGUCAGUACUCUAUCGCGAAAGGCAUUCAAUUUGUUUACCACGAGUUCAUUGACGCCGGAAGAGUGCCCUUAGGUUUCAUGCAUUUGGCCAAAUCACAUAUGCAAGCCUUCCAUAAGAUCCCAUUGGAGGACUUCCUGCCGGCUGUCAACAACUACGAGAAGAUAGUGGAGGACAUCAAACAGAUUCUGGAAGAGUCGCGGUUCACAAACUCUAUGAACGGAAAGCCGACACCAAUGAUGGUGUUCUGUCGCGACGACGCUAUCCCACAGAAUAAGGGGGUGUUUGAGUGGUUGCGAAACAAAUACAACGCUAACAAUAGCACUAAUUUUGAGUGGGAUAUAGAAGUGCUUGAUUUGGUGGCACUUCUUAACAUUAUAUCAGUGACGGCCCAAAAACCCAUCCCACCGGCACUCGCUGAGGAUAAAUUGAAUUCUUCGGCGUACGACUACGCGAUGAACACGUUGUGUGAUUACCACGAAGAACUGGAUUGCAGGCAUUGCGCUCAAGGGUUAGCCAAACGGCUGUGUUAUAUGCUAUCGGAGGCGUUGUGUCCCAUGUUUGAGGUGACGCCCACUGAUAAACACUUCCCUUCCAAACGUAAUGUGGUUCAGGAGACAUAUGUUCAGUCGCUUCAAGAGGUGAGACCAUUGCCCGCCCAUAGAUAUCACGAAACGGCCGAAACUGAUGAUCAAGAGUGGGAACCGGACACCACUGAGGAACAGACACCCGAUCCGAGCACUACGGGAGCCAUUCCUAAGAGAACUGGCGUUGGACGCGGAAGGGGUAUGUCGAAGGAGGAGAGGGCGCCGUAUGAACAGCGGUCCCAGAAGUCCAACACUCCGGUGCAGAUAUCGCCGAAGAAAUACCACGAAAAUCAACAAAAUUACGGCAAAAUUCUGAGCCGAGAGUCGGAUCAGUUGGACGACAUGGAAGACGACGCCGAGUAUUAUCUCAAAAUGAUUGAGUGCUGCGUAAAGGCGUGCGAAACACGGGAACAGAUUAUGAACACCUCGUUCUUCAUUGUGGCCACAAAUGUCAUGUGUAAGAUUAACAUGAAUGAGAUCCCGCCGCUCGAGAUCAGUAUCUGUCAGUACUCUAUCGCGAAAGGCAUUCAAUUUGUUUACCACGAGUUUAUUGACGCCGGAGGAGUGCCCACAGGUUACAUGAAUGCGGCCAAAUCACAUAUGCAAGACUUUCAUAAGAUCCCAUUGGAUGGCUUCCCGCAGGCUGUGAACAACUACGAGAAGAUAGUGGAGGACAUCAAACAGAUUCUGGAAGAGUCGCGGUUUACAAACUCGAUGAACGGAAAGCCGACUCCAAUGAUGGUGUUCUGUCGCGACGACGCCAUCCCCCAGAAUAAGGGGGUGUUUGAGUGGUUGCGAAACAAAUACAACGCUAACAAUAGCACUAAUUUCGAGUGGGAUAUAGAAGUGCUUGAUUUGGUGGCACUUCUCAACGUUAUAUCAGUGAAUGCCCAAAAACCGAUCCCACCGGCACUCGCUGAGGAUAAAUUGAGGUCUUCGAUGUACGACUACGCGAUGAACACUUUGUGUGAUUACCACGAAGAACUGGAUUGCAGGCAUUGCGCUCAAGGGUUGGCCAAACAGCUGUGUUAUAUGCUAUCGGAGGCGUUGUGUCCCAUGUUUGAGGUGACGCCCACUGAUAAACACUUCCCCUCCAAACGUAAUGUGGUUCAGGAGACAUAUGUUCAGUCGUUUCAGGAGGUGAGACCAUUGCCCGCCCAUAGAUAUCACGAAACGGCCGAAACUGAUGAUCAAGAGUGGGAACCGGACACCACUGAGGAACAGACACCCGAUCCGAGCACUACGGGAGCCAUUCCUAAGACUACUGGUGUCGGACGCGGAAGGGGCCGGUUUGCACCCAAAUGA